AUGGCGCAAACAAACGGGACCGCGCCGAACGGCGAUGAGAGCAAGCAACACUCGCUGCUGUCCUCGCUGAUGCCGCAUCUGGACCGACACCUCGUCUUCCCUCUCCUCAACUUUGCGGAAGAAGAGACCGCCGAAUCCGACACCACCGCUCUCAACGAAAUCGCCCAGCUAAAGUACCUGCUUCUCAAGGAUACCAACAUGUCCGACUUUGUCGGCGAUCUUUACGCCACGCUCCACGACUUGCCAGAGCGGCCGGGCGAGUUUGCAAAGAAGCGGGAGGAGGUGCUGGAGAAGCGAAGGCAGUACGAAGAGGAGACGGAGAAGAUGCAAGCACUGCUUGCUGAUGCAGAUGUGGUCGGAAUGCUGCGCAGUGACAAGACGAGCAAUAUGAACUACCUCAAAGAGAACCAUGGCGUCACGCCUGAGAUGGUGGACAGCCUGUACGAGUUUGGCCGCUUCUUGUACGAGUGCGGCGAUUACAGUACUUCGGCGGAGCUGUUGUAUCAAUUCCGCAUUCUGAGCACGGAUAACGACAAGGUCAAUGCCGCCACCUGGGGUAAACUGGCGAGCGACAUCCUGACCACCAACUGGGAGAGCGCGAUGGAAGAAGUCACGAAACUGAAAGAGUCUAUCGACACGCGCCUCUUCAACAACCCGCUUGCCCAGCUGCAGCACCGCACCUGGCUGAUCCACUGGAGUCUAUUCCCCUUCUUCAACCACGAGCCGGCACGAGAAAUGUUGACCGAGCUCUUCUUCAGCCCGACCUACAUCAACACCAUCCAAACCUCCUGCCCUUGGAUUCUGCGCUAUCUCGCCGCAGCCGUCAUCACCAACCGCACGCCCAUCAACACCGCCACCGGCAAAGCCGGCUACCUCCACACCAGCAAUUACCAGAAACAACUCAAAGACCUGAUCCGCGUGGUACGGCAAGAGCAAUACGAAUACUCCGACCCCGUCACCGACUUUGUCAAAGCGCUGUACGUCGACUUUGACUUUGAAACCGCGCAGCAAACCCUGUCCGUCGCCGACAGCAUCCUCCGCUCCGACUUCUUCCUCGUCGCCGCUUCCGAGUCUUUCCUCGACGCAGCACGACACUUGAUCUCCGAAUCGUACUGCAAGAUCCAUCAACGAAUUGACAUCAAGGACCUCAGCCAACGCUUGGGCCUGAGCUCGGAAGAGGGCGAGAAGUGGAUUGUCAAUCUCAUCCGCGACACGCGCGUCGAUGCCAAGAUCGACUACAAGGCCGGGACGGUGCUGAUGAACCACCCGCCGCAGAGCGUGUAUCAGCAAGUCAUCGAGCGGACCAAAGGCGGCUUCUUCCGCACCCAAGUGCUCAGCGCUGCCGUGGGGAGAUGA